UUUCCAUCUACCAACACUACAAGUAUAUUUGGAAACAACAAAACACCAGCCAAUUGCUUUUUGCGACGUCCUGAAAAUCCUACUACAAACAGUGUAUCAUCUUCUGGUGGAUUCAAGUGGCCCUAAGAGAAGAAAGGUUUUAACUGUAUUUGAAGAUGGCGACUCAGAAAAAUGACAAAAAGUUUAGACUAAACAUCAAAAAAGCAGUUAAGCAGAACUUAUCAGAAAUCAAGAAACUGUCAGAAAGUAAAAGCAACACUUGUAAGAUAGAACUUAAUGGUGACAAAAACAUUUUUCUAUCUGUAUCCAGUUUUAAUGGUCAGCACUAUAUUCACAUUCGCUCCUGGAAGGACGGAAAACCAACAAAAGAUGGCAUAUCCUUAACAGAACAGAUGUGGUGGGAAAUACAGAGAUACAGUUCCGAACUAGAUGAUAAUAUCCUACAGUUACAGCAGGGAAAUCAAGAUGUAAACUAUAAAUCACAUCUUGGGAAAAACUGGCACAUCUGUGUACAAAGCGGUUAUCCAUUUGUGAAUAUAAGAAGGUAUUGGACGCCUCCAGGAACAAUUAAUAUACAUCCUACAAAGCAGGGACAGAUCUUGUCGUUUGAAAUGUACAACAGAUUGAAAGACUCAUUUAUUGAUAUUAACAAGUGUAUUCCAGACUUUGAUCAGUUUCAACCGUGUUACAUGCAAAUUGACCAUGCAAAUGUACUGGGUGCUUUAUCUUGCUCAACGUGUAACCCUACAGGGUAUAAAGAUCACACAGAUUUAUUAGUGUGAAUUGUAUCUUACAGCUGUAACAUAUUGUUUUUUGUUGUACUUUUUUUUUUGCUAGUUAGCGAUUUUUUUACAAUAAAAUAUGUGAAACACGA